AACGCGAAAUUAACUCAAACGCUAUUUAUUAUAUAUACGUCUAUAAAGUCUAAAACGAAAUCAUCAUAGAAAAGUUUUUAAGCCAUCACGUCAGAGACAGGCUUCGCGUUAGUCGAGCGUGAAAUAAGUACAUGAUUGUUGGCGAGUUUGUCAAAUAUUCACGUUACUAAUUUAGUUUUUAUUUCAAACGACAGCCGGCAUUAACAAUCGCACCAAUAAUAAGUGAAAAAUACUAUAUACAAUAUAAGUAUCAGUAGUUUGAAAGUAAACGGAAAUUUUCUUUACGCAAUUUAUCAGUGAAUUUAUUUGAGAAGCGUUUAAUUCAAUUUGAUUACAUUGUAGUUAUAUAUUAUCCCACGCUAAUCUAAUGGAUAAAAUAAAAUAUCGGCUCAUAGCCGGCUUUUUGUUGACAUUCACACUGUUGCUGAAAACAUGUCACUGUCAACAAAACACACUCUUCAAUCAAUCACCAUUCCAACGACAAUCGCCGUUUCAACGUCAACAACUGCGCCAACGUCAGCAAUUACAACAGCAACAACCGCAACAACUCUUUCCCAAUACACUAAACACACUAAAUCCACUCAAUACACUUCAACCCAUUUCACCGAUAUUACCACAAAACAUUUACAAUCGUAAUUAUAAUCAACUGAAUCCUCAAAAUUUUGUACCAAUUACGGCAUAUCAGAAUGAAUUGAACUAUGAUGGCAGUUUCUCUUAUGGCUAUUCUGCUGGUGAUGGUACAACGGCACAGGCCCAGGGUUAUGUUAAGAAUUUGGGCUUAGGGGAAGCAGUUGAGGCGCAAGUUGUUCAAGGUUCAUAUUCCUAUACAUCACCGGAAGGUACACCUAUAACGGUACGCUAUAUAGCUGAUGAAAAUGGUUUUCGUGCCGAAGGAGCUCACAUACCAACACCACCACCCAUCCCGGAUGCUAUUGCCAAAUCCCUUCAGUACACCGCCAGUUUACAGAAUCCUUAUCAACAGGACUAUAGUCCAAAUAUAAAUCCCUAUCAAACACCCUUUCGACAGUAUCCCAAUAACUUAAGACCAGGCCAAGGGCAGCUUACGCCACUUCAACUACAGCAACAACAACGUUUCCUACAGCAACAACAGAAUUCUGGUCAAUAUACACCCGAUAAUCAAUUCGGGUUCUCUCCACAGUCCUCCCUGACAGGGAGUACACCAUUUGGACAGGGAAGCCCAAAUCAAUUCGGCAAUAAUUUGCAAUCGCAAGGAAAUUUCCUGCCACAACAGCAAAAUCUCACACAACAACAGCAACAAAAUCGUCAGCAUCAAUUGAAUAAUCAGCAGCAUCAACAAAAUGAUCAGCAGCAACAACAGCAAUUGGCCACACAGGAGCUUCGGGCACGACCCAAUCAAUUGGUAAAUACCUUUGGCUACAAUCCCUAUCGUCGAUAUAAGAAAUCAGCGGCAAAAUCUUUGAUUCCGGAGGAGCAUUAAUACCAUACGUUGGAUAACCUGUCACCCUACUGUUCAUAUUUUUCUCUAUAAGAUUCAUAAAAAUAAGAAGAAUGUUUUAACCAACAACUUCUUGCAAAAAAAAUAUAAAUAUUUUAAUUUUACAAUAUUUGUUUUAUAAAAUAUAAGAAAUUAAAUUGAAUGCAUGAAAUACAUGUACUGAA